CGAUGCUUCGAUCCACAACCCUUGGAGAGGAUUCUACGCUCGCAGGCCGAGGGCCGAUCCAUGGACAGAUUGUCCCACAGCCCGCGUAUACCGCUCCUCUCCUUUUGUCCCGAAUGCAGAUCCGAGGGGUACCCUCUGGAAUAUGCAGGGACAGAUUUGGCCACGGUAGACAGGCCAUAUGAAUCCGUAUUUCUCGGUACAGGGGUGGCCAAGAUAGACUCAGCAAAGUGGCUGGCUUAUCCGAACCAGGACCACCACGAGACGAUUGAGCUGGUGAAUAGCGAUGGCAUACUGAUCACCCGUAAUCAACUUGCGAGGCGGAUUGCUUGGAUGUAUCAUGCAUAUAUCAUGGUGCGGCGAAUUUGAUAUGUAUUCCGCACGUGUAUGCUGAGUACGCAGUGACGGACUACCACCAGCGUCAUGAUUGGAAUAUCAUCAAUCCCUGGGCCUGUCGGGCGCUACGACCGGCAUUGGAGGUGUGGGAAGAUGAGUACGACGCUCCUGGUCCCAUUGAUUUCGAAAUAAUAUGUAAGAGUCGCUAUGUCAGGCUGCUUCGUGACUAGACUGAGAUUUGUUCUGUUCUCUCUCGCAGAGAAGCUCGUGUGAACGGCUUUUGACUUUGAGCGAGGGUAUGCUGUUCUAAUGGAACGAAUGUCAUGAUUAAUAGAAACUAUCCAUAAGCAUUUUUAUGUAUUUAU